UCAUUAGUCGUUCCGUUGACUGGGGACUCAAUCUCUCUCUCUCCCUCUCUCUCUCUUCCCCUCUCUGUCUCGCCGUUAAAAGUUCCCGCGGCCGUUAUCCUCCUCACAACUCGCGAGGACGAGCUCCCUAGCUCUCUUCUCUCCACCACGUCGUCAUCGUCAUCAUCUCACUCGCCUAGUCGGCGCGUGGAGGGAACGUAUUUAACCCGGCUUCCGCACUCGCAUGGCGAUAGCUGACCGGCCUCGGCCUCACGACAAGAAGCUCUUCGGCCUGUGCCCUUUCUGGCAGCCCGUGGGCAGCGCCGGCGCCGGCGGGGGUCACAACACGACCUCGUCCUCCACGUCCUCCACGCAGAACCUCCACAACAGCAGCGCCUAUCACGACCGCAGCGGCGGGAAUAAUAGCCAUGCGGACGGAUCUCGACCUCGCCCGAGCUCGGCCAACACGGUUUCGUCGGUCGCCCGGUCCCUGCUCCCAGCUCGCCGGCGGCUCCGCCUCGAUCCGUCGAAUAAACUCUACUUCCCCUAUGAACCGGGGAAGCAGGUGAGAAGCGCAAUCAAGUUGAAGAACACAACCAAGUCGCAUGUAGCUUUCAAGUUUCAAACGACCGCGCCAAAAAGCUGCUAUAUGCGGCCUCCGGGUGGCAUCCUCGCUCCGGGUGAAAGCCUAAUUGCGACGGUCUUCAAGUUCGUGGAGCAACCCGAGAAUAAUGAGAAACAGCCGGAUCAGAAGAGCAAGGUUAAGUUCAAGAUAAUGAGCCUGAAAGUCAAAGGAGGAACAGAUUAUGUGCCUGAACUGUUUGAUGAGCAGAAGGAUCAAGUUACAGUCGAGCGGAUUUUACGAGUUGUUUUCUUAGAUGCCGAACGCCCAAGUCCCGCAAUGGAGAAAUUGAAGCGGCAGUUAGCAGAGGCUGAGGCUGCAGUAGAAUCAUCCCGCAGGAAGCCUACUGCCGCUGAAACUGGGCCUCGGGUGGUAGGCGAAGGUCUUGUGAUCGACGAAUGGAAAGAACGAAGAGAGAAGUAUCUUGCUCGACAGCAGGUCGAAGCAGUAGGCACAGCGUAAGUUCCUCCCUGCUCUGAAGAGGGAUAUAUGCACAAUAUCGUUAUCGGGAGCUCAAAGGGACCCUGUGGCUUCAUUAGAAUCUUCAAUUUAUGGUCUUUUUUUGGUAUAGUCACCUAGAAUGAGGUGUGAUAAGGGGUUACUUAUUAUGUAAAGGAAAGUUGUGGCUUAUAGAAGUGCUAAUUAGUAGUUGUUCAUAUGGAAGGGGAUUUGUAAAGAAGAGUUGCUUUCUGGCUUAUAUGAUGAAGAAGAAAUGCUGGGUUGCUCAUUCAGCUCCGUCUUUUCUUUUAAACGUUUUAGAUGGCUUUUGGUUUUUGAUUUGAGUAUAUUUACUUAUUGCCCCCUUUAAUAUUUUGUUUCGAUGGUACUUACCGCU